AUGGCGGAUGGUCUCAAGAAAUCUCAUCGGAAGCAUCCGGUGAGUCUCAACGACAGUCACUACCGUCUCCUCCAAGACCUUUCCGCUCCUCCGAAGCAAAUCUCUUCCUCCUCGGCUAUACCAGUUCCAGACGAACUGCAAGCGACGAAGAAAAUGGAAGGACGACGUCGUCUCGUCAAACCGCAAACGGAGGAUAGCGGACGUAUCCCGCUGUUCUCCGGCGUUACCGAUUUCGAUUCUUCUCCAGUUUCCGGUUUCCAUGACGCUAACGAGCAGCUGCCGGCGAAUAACGAUCGCGACGAUGAUAAUAUCCCUUCGUUCUCUGGCAUUGCUGAUUUUGAUUCUCCUGCUGUUUCUGAAAAAGAAAAGCAGAACAAGGUUAAGAUUGAAGGUCGGAGGAGAUUGUGCAAAGUUUCCCAGCAGGAGAAGGAAAAUGUUGAAAAUGAAGCAGAGGUGGAUGAUCAACCUUCAUUUGCUGGGAUUACAGAUUUUGAUUCACCGCUACCGUCUCGAAGUAAGGAUGAAAAUGGUGGUGAUCUCGAUGGUGGCAGUGAUAUCAGGGAUAUUCUGAACAACCUGAGCUCAAGGCUUGAUCUACUGUCAAUCGAAAAACCAAAGGAACCAGGAAGAUUUGGCAGCUUGGCCCAUAUGAGACCUGAGUCAUCUCAUUAUGGAGCAUCUGAAGUAUCAAAGGUUACUUUGGAUGAAGGUAAGGAGGAAAGUGGUUUGUUCAACUGGCGUGGAGAUGAUCAUUCUGUUAAAAAGGUAGAUGAGACCAAGGAAACUCAAAUGAUUCAAAAGAAGACUUAUGCUGGUAGGACUGAGAAGACUUUCGAGUUUGAAGAUGAAGAGGAAAGUGAUCGCAUGGUUCAGCCUUUUAAGUUUGCAGCUAAGGCUCAGAACAGCAAGAAGAGUAGUCAUCCCGUGUCAAAAAAUGAUACCGCAGCUGGGAAUGAAAGAUUGCGGUACGCAGGACGCUCUUUCAUGGGUAAUCUUAGGGAAGAAGAAGAGGAUGAUGAAGAUGACUGUGUAGUUCUGAAUACUAAAAAGGCGCCCGAAGAAUUCCGGAGACAUGAUAAUCGAGUGAAGCCAUCCAAUUACUCUAUAUUGACUGAUCUAGUCGACGAUAAGUCUGGUGAAAGUGCUCCGGAAGAUGAAGGAGCCAUUGUUUUGAAUGGCCCACGUUCUACAUACAGACUAUCUGGAAAACUCUCGCGUAUGUUAUAUCCACAUCAGCGUGAAGGAUUAAGGUGGUUGUGGUCAUUGCAUUGCCAGGGUAAAGGUGGAAUUCUGGGAGAUGACAUGGGAUUAGGAAAAACAAUGCAGAUAUGUGGCUUUCUUGCUGGACUUUUUCAUUCAAGACUGAUCAAACGAGCAAUGGUAGUUGCUCCUAAGACACUGCUUGAUCAUUGGAUCAAAGAACUGUCUAUUGUCGGCCUCUCAAAAGAGACUAGAGAAUACUAUGGGACAUCUACAAGAGCUCGUGAAUAUGACUUGCAACAUGUGCUUCAGGACAAGGGUAUUCUUCUCACAACGUACGAUAUUGUUCGCAACAACUCGAAGGCAUUGCAAGGGAGAGGUUUAUUGGUUGAUGAUGAAAGUGAGGAUGGAUACUUGUGGGACUAUAUGAUCCUCGACGAGGGUCAUUUGAUUAAAAAUCCUAGUACCCAGAGGGCAAAAAGUUUGCUUGAGAUACCGAGUGCUCAACGUAUAGUCAUUAGUGGCACACCUAUUCAAAACAAUCUCAAGGAACUGUGGGCUCUAUUCCACUUCUGCUGCCCUGAUCUACUUGGCGACAAGAAAUGGUUUAAGGAAAAAUAUGAGGAUGCUAUACUUCGUGGCAAUGACAAGAAUGCUUCUGACCGGGAGAAGCAUAUUGGUUCGAAAGUUGCUAAGGAACUUAGGGAACGGAUUCAACCUUAUUUCUUGCGCCGCUUAAAGAGCGAAGUCUUCAAGGGAGACGACAAUGAAACUGCUAAACUCUCCAAGAAAAAUGAGAUCAUUGUGUGGCUAAAGUUGACUAAUUGUCAGCGGCAACUUUAUGAAGCAUUUUUGAAGAGUGAAAUUGUCCUUUCAGCUUUUGAUGGGUCUCCAUUAGCUGCUUUGACGAUUCUGAAGAAAAUAUGUGAUCAUCCCCUUCUCUUGACAAAGCGUGCCGCUGAGGAUGUGUUGGAAGGAAUGGAGGGGGUGCUAAACCCUGAAGAUGCUGGCUUAGCUGAAAGAUUGGCAAUGCAUGUGGCGGAUAUUGCAGAGAGGAAUGAGUUUCAAGAGGAACAUGACAAUAUUUCGUGCAAGAUAUCUUUCAUCAUGUCAUUAUUGGAUGAUCUCAUUGCUAAGGGUCACCGCGUGCUCAUCUUUUCCCAGACACGGAAAAUGCUAAAUCUUAUCCAGGAUUCCAUAGCCUCCGGUGGUUACACCUACUUGAGGAUUGAUGGCACCACAAAGUCUACUGAUAGAGUGAAGAUUGUGAAUGACUUUCAAGAAGGAAUUGGAGCUCCUAUAUUCCUCCUAACAUCUCAAGUUGGAGGUCUUGGUCUCACUCUGACUAAAGCGGAUCGUGUUAUUGUUGCAGAUCCUGCUUGGAAUCCAAGCACGGACAAUCAAAGUGUUGAUCGAGCAUAUAGAAUUGGUCAGACUAAGGAUGUCAUUGUUUACCGACUAAUGACUUGUGGGACUGUUGAGGAGAAGAUAUACAGAAAGCAGAUUUACAAGGGUGGCCUAUUCAAAACAGCAACCGAGCAAAAAGAGCAAAUUCGCUACUUCUGUCAGCAGGAUCUUCGAGAGCUGUUCAGCCUACCGAAGCAUGGAUUUGACGUCUCCCUCACACAGCAACAGUUGCAUGAAGAACAUGACAAGCAACACAUAAUGGAUGAAGCUCUGGAAGCCCACAUAAAGUUCUUGGAGACAAAGGGCAUAGCAGGAGUUAGCCACCACAGCUUGCUUUUCUCCAAGGCAGCACCUCCUGUACAAGUUCCAGAUGACGACGAUAGAGAUGCAAGGGUGAGAGCUGCUGUGUACAUGGGGGAUCCGUCGAGGAUGGUUUCACAAGAACGAGGUGUUGAUGGGGCUGCCUAUGCCAUCAGACCACAGGAUGUAAACAAACACGUGAAAAGCUCUUCCCCGGAUAGUUUGGGGAAGCUGACGGAGUCUGAUAUCAAAGCCCGGAUCAAUAGACUCUCUGUAUUGCUUGGAAAUCGGAAUAUGGUGUCUGGUCUGCCUGAUAAAGGGGAGAAGCUUCGGAAGCAGAUAUGGGAGUUGAACAAGGAACUCGAUAAGGUGCGGAUGGAGAAACAAGCCGAGAAACUCGAAGAGGUCAUCGACUUGGAUGACUUAACUGAAGGGCUUCAGAGGUCUUCAAUCUCUAAAAAGGGCAACUUCUUUAGCUAAUAAUAUAUUUUAGCGGGUAGGAAAUUCCUUCUCCCUCGCCCUCCCUGUUACCCUUGAUGUUUGCACCAGCUUAGUGCAAAUAGCACUUCUUCCCAUCUGUUUUGAAAAAUUGGAGGAACAGUAUUUUGAAUUAUGAACCUGCAUUAUGUACUACCAUCAACUUCCGUUGAAUCAUCCAAUGUCAAAUCUCCGAUAACCUCUGCCACCAAAAUAGCAAGGGUGGCUUUGCCGUCAUUGAUUGCCUUGGCCUCGUCCCACCAUUGUCUAGCCAUGCUUGGUUGUUGCGAUGCCAAACAUCGUC